AUGAAAAGUUUUCCUGUUAACAUACUUAGGUUUUGCCGAAUAUUCGGAUGUCUCCCACUGGAAUACACUUCUGAGACCGGAGGAAUCAAAGCAUUAAAGUUUUCUUAUACAGGACUCCUGUGGAGUUCAACCUUAGUCGUACUGCAGAUAUUGAUCUCCAUCACCGCUCUAUACAUCUACUUCAUGUUCAGACUGAACUAUCAAUCACCGUAUCGAUUUUGUACGAUCACUGAAAUUGUAAUAUCACUGGACCUAGUCUCUCUGCAAGUCGUGGCUGCUGUCAUGUUCUUCAGCUCCGCCUGGAAGUACCCAAAACUCGUCAGCAUCUUUGACACUCUGGAAAAAGUCUACCAGGAUUUCCAAUUAAAGUCAGAGAUCAAGGCCACGCUGAAGGUUUUGGGAAUCUGCACUGUUGCAGUAACAUUAGCCACCACCGCUGAGAAAAUUGUCAUUGUUUUUCACGAAUGGGUAUCAGCCGAACGAACACUUCCGUACGUGAUGUCCUCAAUCCCCAUAUUAAUGUUGUAUUACUCCCACGCUGCUUUUUUAGUCCAAUUCACACACUUAACCCAAACUAUUGCAAAGUCCUUCAGAAUGGUCAACGCCAAGAUCGAGUCAGAAAUCACCAGUCAUGUCAAUGUUGAUGACACACAUACAACAUGCUCUACUAAAAUCAAGAAACUGAGGACUCUGAUGAACACCUACUGGAUGCUGUGUGACGCCGUACACCAGGCUAAUGUCCUCUACUGCGAUCAGCUGAUGGCCGUUAUGUACUCCUUAUUUCUCCACAUCACUAUCAAAUCCUACUUCUUUUUCCUGCACGUCAGAGCUGGUAAGGUGUUCAUUGCGAUUAAUGAGGGAGCUUCGAUCUUGAUUCUAAUGUGCUAUAUAGUUCUGUUACUAAACUCAAGCACUGACGUCACCAGCAAGGCUGACGAUACGGGACCAAUGAUCUGCCGGAUGAUCAACACCGGCCUGGACCCAAUCCUGAGAAAAUUGCUUGAGGGUUUUCUCCUGCAGUGGCGUCACCACAACGCAAGAUUCUCUGCUUUUGGAUGUUUCCAAAUCCACAAUGAAACACUCACAGUGAUGGCUGGGGCGGUGACAACUUACCUGGUGAUACUGAUCCAGUUCCAGACUGAAGCAUCAUCCACCUAG